AUGGAGAUCCCAGCGAAGCCCGGUUUGGUCAACGAUAGUCGUGUUGUUUAUGACUACGUGAAAAAUCACUGUAAAGACAACAUAAUCAUCGUGUGGGGUCAUUCAAUGGGAUCCGGAGUAUCAACAAGGUUAGUGAUGGAUCUUUCCGUUGAGGGGAUUCCACCUCAUGGCCUCGUACUUGAGUCUCCGUUCAAUAACCUCAGAGACGUGAUCAUGAACCAUUUGUUAAGCAUACCGGUGCGAUGGAUGCCCGAAAGUAUGGUUCAAAAAAUUCUCAUACAGCCGUUACGUGAUGUUGAGUUGAAAAUGGAGACAGAUAAGCGUAUAAAGGCUAUUACUUGUCCGAUUUUGAUUUUACAUGCGGAGAACGAUCAUGUUAUUCCAGUCUUUCUUGCUCGAAAACUUAGGGAUGAGGCAUUGGCUGCCUCUCGUGAUGUCCAGUACGUAGAAUUUGAAGAAAAACGGAAUUAUAAGCACAAGUUCAUUUAUAUGGCUCCUGAACUAUCGACGUUAAUUCCUGCUUUCAUCGAGCAUACAAGAGAAAGAGCAAGUUUGCGUGAUUCUUUGUGA